AUGCUGCAACCUGGUUCCGCGCUUCUCGUCGUCGCGUCGCUUCUUGCGGCCCUCCCAGCUGUCAGCGCAGACGGCCUCUACACUCAGAGAUCCCCCGUGUUGCAGAUCAACAACAAGAACUAUGACCAGCUGAUCGCUAACUCCAACUACACCUCGAUCCUAGAAUUCUACGCCCCCUGGUGUGGUCACUGCCAGAACCUGAAACCUGCCUAUGAGAAGGCAGCAAAGAACUUGGACGGAUUGGCCAAAGUCGCCGCCAUAAAUUGUGACGAUGAUGACAACAAGCCUUUGUGCGGCCGCAUGGGUGUGCAGGGCUUCCCGACGAUCAAAAUCGUGAGUCCUGGGAAGAAACCUGGUAAGCCCAGAGUGGAGGAUUACCAGGGCCAGCGAAGCGCCAAAGCCAUUGUCAAUGCGGUGGUGGAAAAGAUCCCGAAUCAUGUGAAGAAGGUGACGGACAAAGACUUGGAGUCCUGGUUGUCCAAGGAGAAGGAGUCUCCUAAGGCCAUUCUGUUCACUGAAAAGGGAACAAUAAGUCCUUUGAUCCGCUCUGUCGCCAUUGAAUUCCUUGGUUCCAUCAACGUGGCCCAGAUCCGUAACAACCAGGCUGCAGCGGUGGAGAAAUUUGGCAUUGAAAGUUUUCCCGCUGUCGUUCUCAUCCCUGGGGAUGAAAAGAAUCACAUUGUCUACGAUGGCGAGUUGAAGAAGCAGCCACUGGUUGAAUUUCUCAGCCAGGUUGCGGCUCCUAACCCGGACCCAGCACCCAAAGCUCCGGGCAAAUCGCCUAAAUCACUCAAGUCCAAGACCCAGGCGGAAAAGACCAAGCCCACCGAGACUUCAGAGCCUGAGGUUGUUGCGGAGGAGGCCAAGGAGUCUCAACCUGCAAAGGCCUCGCCCCAGGCACCUGCCAUUGACGGACUUGUCACCGCUGAUGCAUUGGUGUCUGCUUGCUUGUUGCCGAAGUCGGGUACUUGUGUCCUGGCACUUCUCCCAGAACCUACUGACUCCGAUGUCGAGCUUUCUGAUUCUUCUAAGAAGGCUCUGACUAGCAUGUCAGAAAUCGCACACAAGCACGUGCAACGACAAAGCAGACUCUUCCCGUUCUACAGCGUCCCGGCCAACAACGAGGGCGCUAAAGCAUUGCGUACUGGGCUCGAACUGUCCCAAGAUGGCAGUUCGAUUGAGAUCAUUGCCAUCAACGGACGUAGAGGUUGGUGGAGACAUUACGAUCCCUCGGAAAAUGCCGACUACGAGCUAGCACGCGUAGAGGCCUGGAUUGACGCCAUCAAAUUGGGUGAGGGGUCCAAGAGCAAGUUGCCCGAAGGUAUUGUUAGGAGCGAGGAUGAGAACGAAGAACACGAUGAACUGUAG